CCACUGGUUUUUGAUGAGGAGCGCUGCCGUCACCAAGUGUCGUAUUUGGGCUUGCUGGAGAACGUGCGGGUCCGAAGAGCUGGCUUCGCCUACAGGCAGCCCUAUGAUCGCUUCUUGCUCCGGUACAAGAUGACCUGUGAAUACACGUGGCCCAACCAUCUCAUGGCCACUGAUGGCGCAGCCACCCAGGCCCUGAUGGAGCAGCACGGCUUCCAAGACGACGUUGCCUACGGCCACACCAAGAUCUUCAUCCGCACGCCCCGGACCCUCUUUGCCUUGGAACAGGAGCGCGCCAACUUGAUCCCCAUCAUUGUGCUGCUGCUGCAGAAGGUCUGGAGGGGAGCCCUCGCCCGCAAGCGCUGCCGAUACCUCCGGGCCAUCUACACCAUCAUGGCCUACUACAAGCGCCACAAGGUGAAGUUGUACCUGCUGGAGCUUGUGCAGCGCUUCCAAGCUGUGCGCAGCAUGGCCGACUACGGCAAGAGCGUGGUGUGGCCUGAGCCUCCAGCUGUGCUGGCCCAGUUCCAGGAGAGCAGCAAACUCAUAUUUUGCAGGUGGCGAGCGAGGCAACUGGUGACCAACAUCCCUCCGUCCGAGAUGGGCCAGAUCAAGGCAAAGGUGGCAGCCCUCGAGGUCUUGCACGGCCUGCGGAAAAACUGGGGCUGUUCCCGAAACUGGAGGCAGAACUAUUUGGUGUCGGCAGAGGAGAACCCAACCUUGGCUCCCCAGUUUGCCAAACAGGUGUCAGCCCUGAAAGACAAGAUGCACUUCAGUUCAGUGUUGUUCUCAUGCCACGUCCGUAAGAUCAACCGUUGUAACAAGCGCACGGAUCGAGCCCUUCUCAUCACUGACCAGCACCUGUACAAGAUGGAUCCCAGGAAGCAGUACCGAGUGAAAAAAACUAUUCCUCUCAGCACGGUGACCGGUGUGAGCGUAACCAGCGGAGAGGACCAGCUGGUGGUCUUCCACCUGCAAAACCAGAAGGGCCUGGUGGUGUGUCUCCACAAAAUGCAGCCGGCCGAUGACAAUCGGGUUGGAGAGCUGGUGGGGGUGCUGGUGGACCACUUCAGAAGGAUCAAGCGAGAGUUGCAAGUGAAGGUGGCCGACUGCAUCCCGCUCAGCCUGAACAGCCGGAAGCGGCUGGUUACGGUGGCGACAGGCAGCAACGUGACCGUGCCGGACUUUGCAAAGAGCCGUGAUGGUUUUGUGCUGUACUGGCCGAGGAGUUGAACCAGGAGAAAGAUGGCGCCGAGGUCUGGCUCCUGGAGAGGAGCAGAAACGGACCACGAGUCAUGAGAUCUUGCGCCCCUUCUGCACCGCGUCUCUCUAUUUUAUUGUGGCAUUUUGGGGGGGGGAGAGGGGAACUGUGUUCAUUUUUAUCCUGACGUUCUUCCUUCAGUCUCAGCGACAGAAAAAUGCCAAGCGGGGGUUCCUUAUUAGACAUUGUGGCUUAAACUCCUGCCAUGCGCAUAACCUGAUUAUGGAAUUGACCCAGAAUCCCUAACCAUGGCCAGAACCAUGGCUUUAAUUCUAACCACAGUUAAGAAGAACCAAGCAAGACCAACACAGCCACGCAACCUGUAAUUUGUUUGAUGGAAUAGGCUGCGUGAGCUCAGAGCUGGGUGCCUCCCUGGCACAACACAGCCACGGGGAGCAUCAGUAAGGGGCCGCAACAGCACCAGUGAAGCGUUGGAUCUUCCCCAGCACACCGUGCCUCUGACCACCGGUCCAGGCAUCUCUCCUGCAGAGGCCCAAACCACCCCUUUUCUCCGCUGCUGACAAAGGAAGGGUGUUCAGCCAGGAGCCCUCCUGAGCAUCCCGUUGCAGUGGCCCCAUAAGAGGCCCCAUUCCCCACCCCACCCCUUUUGCUCUUCCACUGGGGAAAGAGGGACCAGAUCACUGUCUUAUUCUGAUGCCCGUCCAGGGAUCCGGCAACAGAUGACGGGGAAGGAAAAGGCGGGGAGAGGGUGUUUAUACGUGCAUGAAUGGUUGGAAGAGAAGGAGAGAAAGUGGUGGUCAUCUGAAGGAGUCUGUCUCAUGGCUGGUUCCCUGCCAGAGCUCGCUGGCACUCCGGUGUCUUUGGAGGCCGAAGCAUGAAUGUAAUAUAUUCUUUCCUUAUCAAUGGGUGACUCGAGCAGACAUAAUCACAGCAACGAACAGGUACCCUAGCCCAGUGGCUCCUCUCCAGCAGGUUCUGCCUCCAAUGGCGACAGACUCUGCUGGAGCAACUCUGCGAACACCCCUACAGGGUGGAAUAAGGGAGGCGACCCUCCAGAAACGGUCCCUUGAAUCUUCCACUUUAAUCCAAGAUGCCCUUAAAACUCCACGUCUUAAUGCCUAAGGCCAGGAUCACUUCUCUGGCCAGAUCCCCCCCUCCCCCAUGAGUUAGCAGGUCUGAGACUCAAACUGUCCCCUGAACAAGCAGAGACUUUCAGGAUCUUUCCAGUUACGAUCCAGACAAAGGAAACCCCAAAGGGAAGGCUGGAAACUGGAUCAUUUCAAAGCCUCCACACCCUGGUGUUUUGGUUUCAUCUUCUCUCGGGGCCGCCAGAUCUGGGCUGCAAAAAUCUGUGCCACCACCAGAAGUCACCAACAAAUUAGAGUUUCUAUCUGCCGCCAUCCAGUGGUCAUUUGUAAUAUUGCAGCUGUGUCUUGGAAGUUCCCAAUAUACUGUAGAAGCCUUGCAUAUCCGGAGAUGAGGCUAUAGGGCUGGAGCAUCCCACAGGAGACACCAUCAUGAUAGGGACGGAGGACAUGAUAAGCGUUUCUUCUUAUCAAAGAGCAACCAGCCAGGGACAGAGUCCAUCAGGAGUCAGCCCAGAUGGCAAUGGAAGGCCGCACCAAAGAAGGUCCAAGAGAAAGAGCCGGUCGGGGUCCAAACCAGAUCUGGGUGAGCCCAGCAGUCGGUCAUAGAGGACGAGACAAGGCUUCUGGAGUUAGAUCCAGCAGCACACAAAGGUAAAAGCAUUCCCAGCACCGGGUCAUCUGCAACUGACUGGUUUUAUCUCCCAGCCAAGGGCUCCGCAUGAAGACUCUGUCUUAAAACAACUGGAUUGCGUAGGCUCCGUUAACAUGGUGGUCACAGCCAAGUGGGGUAUUUCUGCCAAGCAACGUUGCCCCGCCGUCUCAUCCUUGUGGUCCCCCAGCUCUUGACUGCAGCCAGACUUGGAGCUUUCUGGGGAAAUGAAAAGGAAUUUAGAGCUGCCUUGGGGGAGGAAGAAAGGAAGGAGUUAUGGAGAAGCGAUUACCCAGUCCAGAGAUGGAAGCUCAAAAUAACCCCGUCUUGAUUUUAUUUAGCAUAGGAGAGGGCAGAGAGAAACUUGGACAGGCUU